GCUGAACUCUGCAGGGCUGCGGCUCUCCAGGACUGGAGUUUGCCACCCCUGAGAUAUAGGAAAAACAUAUUUAAUGUUUAAUGGAAUAUGCAAAGAGAGACAUUGGAGAGGAUGAAUGAGUCCGGGACUACUUUGACAAAUUUCAGUACAAUGUCAGCGAAUUCAGAUAAAAACCUGGAUAAUUCAGUCCCUUUGUCGUCAUUCUCAAUGCUGUCAAAUAUAACUGACAUGUCUAACAUGACCGUGAUCAGAUCAGGUAAUGGGACUGAAGAAGUGGGGGACGACAAGAUCUUCCUCAACACCCCCACGGCCCAAGCCUUGUCAGGGAUUUUCGUUUGGUCUGCGCUCCUCAUGACCUGUCAUCAGAUAUACCUGCACCUAAGGUCAUACACGGUGCCAAACGAGCAGCGCUACAUCAUCCGCAUCCUUUUCAUCGUCCCAAUCUAUGCCUUCGACUCCUGGCUCAGCCUGCUGUUCAUCAGUAAUGACCAGUAUUAUGUGUAUUUCGACUCUGUUCGUGACUGUUAUGAAGCAUUUGUGAUAUACAACUUCCUGAGUCUGUCUUUUGAGUACCUCGGAGGAGAAAGUGCCAUCAUGUCUGAAAUAAGAGGAAAGCCUAUUCAGUCUAGUUGUCUAUAUGGGACGUGCUGUUUGGUAGGAAUGAGUUACUCCAUUGGCUUCCUAAGAUUCUGCAAGCAGGCCACACUUCAGUUCUGUGUUGUGAAGCCCAUCAUGGCUGUCAUCACCAUCCUUCUGCAGGCUUUUGGCAAAUAUCACGACGGAGAUUUUAAUGUAACGGGAGGUUACCUUUACAUCACCAUCAUCUACAACAUCUCUGUCAGUUUGGCUCUUUAUGCCCUCUUCCUCUUCUACUUUGCCACCAGUGACCUUCUGAGACCUUUUGAGCCUGUGCUCAAAUUCCUCACCAUCAAAUCCGUCAUCUUCCUCUCCUUCUGGCAAGGUAUGGUAUUGGCCAUUCUGGAGCGAUGUGGUGUGAUCCCAGAAGCACUGGUCAUCGAUGGCCAUGAGGUUGGGGCUGGUACGGUGGCAGCAGGUUGGCAGAACUUCAUCAUCUGCAUCGAAAUGUUCUUCGCCGCCAUCGCCCUCCGCUACGCCUUCACCUCAAGCGUGUACCGCGAGAAGAAAAGUGAAGCACCAGAAAAUGUAGCACCUAUGCACAGCAUAUCCAGUGGCCUGAAGGAGACCAUUAACCCUGGAGACAUGGUUCAGGAUGCAAUUCACAACUUCUCACCAGCUUACCAACAGUACACCCAGCAGUCCACCCAGGAAGUGGUGCAACCCAACGUGAACGGCAAACCGGGGAUAAGCACCUCGAAGAGUUCAAAGAAAUCUGACAAAGUCAUGCUGAUCGACACAGAUGAUGAGUUCUAGUGCCCCGUCUCUCCUGAUCUGUCUAUUUAUUUAAUCCGAAACGAAUUUGCCUGUUUAUAACUUUAAUGAGGAUGCUAAUCAUGUAAAUCACCUCAUGAUUCUUUUAAAAAAGAGAGCUCUGGGACAGCAUUGAAAGCAGACGAGAAGUUGUUUUGUUUUCCUCGUCGUAGUCCUGGAGCUCAUUCUUUCCUGAUCCUCUGAUGAUCCGGCCUUGUAAUGGAGAGUCCCCUUUUUCCUCUCCAACCCGUUCUGAGGCAUGGCCGAUAAACUCGAGUCACGGGGAGCUGUUCAGAUGGAAUGAAUCAAGGACUGACACUUGAGGGAGCCAUUCUUGCAUCUGCUCGUUUGAAGUAUUUGCUCAGCAGCCCUCUGCUGGGUCUCUGGAUGAAUUGAACUGGCUCUCAGAGAGGCCCUGGCUUUGGAGAUCGCACUUCAAACUGUUGUCUGCUGCUCUUUGAAACCUUCAUAUCAAUCAUGCCACGUGGACGAAGUGGGGGACUGAGCACUGAUUUGGAGGUUCAUUAAUUUUCACACCAGGCCUUCAAAGAGCAUUAGAUCUGAUGCAAAAACGCAAGCCUCAGCCAUCAUGGCGUAUUUUAAUUGCAAAUCGUUUGUAUUCAGCCAUUAUUCGGUUGGUUAAAGCUUUAACCUGUGACAAGUGUAUAAUGGCGCAGGUGUUACGGGGGCAUGUUAAUUUGUUAACUUUAAAUUAUGUUUUUAGUUCUCCAUGGUUUGCCGCUCAAAGGCGGCUUGCCUAAAUUGUUUAUAAACAGUCGAAGAUGAAAUCCAUUUAGUCAAUUAUCAUACAAAGCUAUUGAAAUGUUUAUUUACUAUAAAGUCCUUUAAAGUAAGUCAUUACUUUGUAAACAGAAGUCUUUAAAACCCUUUUGAAGUUUCUGAGAAUACAGAAUUGUUUUUAAGAUGUUUGUUGAUGUAUUUGUUAAUCUAAUUAAAACUCAAAUAGUUCAUUUGAUCAUGUUUUGCGAAUACUAUCAUCAAAGAUAUGGACUUCAAAAUGAAACGGACUGUUUUUGUGAUUUUUAAAGUUCUCGUCACUUUACAGACAAAAUAAGUUGGAUUGUUUUGUCUUUAAGGUUGCCAUAUAUGUUAAGAGGCAGCAUUAUGUGAGUAUGACUUGUGCCAAUGAUUGCUGCCUUACAGCUGUGGAUGAAGUAAGUGAAUUUGAGUAUAUGUAGACCGCUGAUGUAAUAUUUUAGCAACCUGUACAGUUGAUUUUGUUGACAAAAUCUCUUCUCAUAGGAAAUAAAUGAUAAAAGGGAGUGGA